AUGGAGAUUGGGAAGGAGUUUGUAAAUUCGUCGUCGUUUUGUCGUCCGUUUCCUGAGAUGAUCUUGGAAGGGAAUAAAAUUGGUAGAUUGAAGAACGGAAGUUUAGUGCACGAUAAAUUGGUUUAUCCGAUCGGAUGGUAUCGCGUGGAGGGAAACGAGACGUACGGAUGCAUGUGUAACUUGCGAGGGUGCUUGAAAAAAUGUUGCAGACGAAACGAGAUUUUAGGGGAAGGCGAUCGGCCGAACUGUACUCGACUGUCGGACGGUGCACUCGCACCGGAUCUCGUUCUCGAAGAGCACCAACUCGCGAGCGAGAUACACGGGAUCUCCCGUAUAAGCGAUCUGUUCGUUCUGGUGGAGGACAUGACGUGUCCGGAGAACACGUACAAGUACAUGCUCGAGCCGGAACGUUACGAGGAGGACGCGUUCGUUCUGCAAGCGAACGGCACCCUUGGAACCUGGUCCACUAAGUUUCCGGCAUCCACCUAUUGCCUCGACUGGAAAGAAUCCUUCGAGAAGAUCGUCGCACUCGUUUGUUUCUCCACCAACGAUUCUUCCUCUUCCUCUUCGUACGAGGAGGAGGAACAGCAGCAGUCUUACAAGAUCGGUAUCAUCGUUUCUAUUCCCUUUUUCUUCGCCACUUUCUUCGUCUACGCGAUCAUCCCGGAAUUGAGGAACCUCUACGGCAAGACCCUAAUGUGCUACGUCGCUUCCCUGGUACUCGCCUACACUUUCCUCGUCUUAGCUAAGCUGUUUUACCUAAAAUUCGCCUUCUGCCUGACCAUAGGAGCGCAGUGA